UCCAUUUUGACGUUCAUACGGCACAUACGCGAGUGUUUGUAGUGCGGCACAGCAAACCGAACGAGUGAAAAAUACAGCCGGAGAACGUUUUUUGUUAUUGUUUUUGGUUGGUUGCAACAGAGGAAGAAGGUACCUGUGCUGUGUACAGUACAAACCGCUACUCGGUAUUCCAGUUCCCUUCCUGAUUCUCAGUACAUAGUACGUACUGUACGUAGGUACAGGUAGUAGGUACAUUCGAUACAAUUCAAUUCUCAUUUGACACUUCUCUCUGCCUCCGCCGUAGUUUUCGCUUCGCACAGUACAAAGAACGCCGAACGUGAACGAUGAUCUAAUGUUGGUACUCGUACCUACACUUACAGUCGGUUCGUGCUAUUGAUGUGUAUUGCAACUUGGUGACUUUUGUUGCGGUUUUAUUCAAUUUCGCGUAUUGUGCUAUAGUUGAAUCGUAAUUCGUAAAUCCAUAUUCGGUUUCGAGGUUCGAGAUUUUCUUCUUAUCAGCAUCGACGAAUAGAAUGGAGAUAUCCUACGUGCAGAUGGUUGCGAUGAAUAGUUGAGAAGCACAGACAUGACGACGACCAGGUUCCAUAAAGCUGCCAAGGAUGGCUUACUGGAUAUACUGAAAGAAGCGUCCAAGAAAGAUUGCAAUUCGAAAGAUGAAGAUGGAAUGACACCUACGUUAUGGGCUGCUUACGAAGGCAAUCUCGAUACGUUGCGGUUACUGGUGGGAAGAGGAGGAGAUCCAGAGAAAGCAAAUUAUCAUUUUGGUCAAAAUGCACUACACAUCGCUGCCAGCAAAGGUCACAUGAACUGUGUCUCAUUUCUGGUAGCAUUCGAUGUGAAUUUAUGGGCCUUAGAUCAUGAUUUUCACACUGCAAUCGAUUUAGCCGCCAUGAAUGGCAGAUACGAAGUUCUACAGUUUCUAGACAACGCUACAGCAAAGCUCGAAGCAAACAAUAAGAAAAAAGCAGAUCUACGUAAAGAAAAAGCUCAAAAAGACGCCGAAAGACGUCUGAAAAAAUACGAAGAAAGGUCGAAAAAAGAUCGAGAUAAACAAAAGAAGCAAUUUAAAAAAUUCGAAAAAGACUGUGAUCAUGUGAAAAAUGAAAACGAUACGGUAACCAGAACUGGUGACUGCGUGAAGAAACUAUAUCACGACACAAAUGGCCAAUGCUUUACUCAAAUAGUCAGCAAUGGGACGAUUUCAUCGACUAAAAAAACCUCCACUUCGACUGGUAUUAAGAAAAUGAUCGAUAGAAAAUUGAAAAAUGGUAACCAGAGUAAUAAUCGACUUGUUCCCAGCGAAUCUUGUAUUAUUGGGAUCGUCGACGACACGAGUAUCAAAUCAGUCAGAAGUUUAUUCGAGCAUUCUCAAAACCACAAGAAUAAUUUAUUCAACGAUUAUUGCACCACAGCAAAACGAGGCAGAAUCAAAGAUUUAUUCGAUAUCAAAACAAAACUACAUCGGUCGACAUCGCAACCAGAUUUAAUACAUAAAUUACAUUUCGAAGAAAAAGAUUACGAAGCUGUGAAAUCUGUCCACUCUGGAGAUUCGGGUAGCUUAUUCGAUCGUCCUGGGUUCGGCAGUGUUGCGUUUAGACAAACAGUACCAGUAGUUUUAAGUAAUUUACCUCACGUCUCGACAAUCCGUCAAGACCCUCAAGAAGAUAGUCAAAAAGAUGAAUGCAGCAUUGGAAGUGCUGGCAGCCUCGCUAAAAGGAUCCUACCCAGUCAUGCUACUGCUGCUUGGGAUACGAAUAGUAACAGUAUCCAUACCAGUGAUGAAGAGAACGCAGCAGAUACCACGAAUACAUUCCAAUUACCAGUAUUCGUUCACCAAUUCCUGUUAGCCGUCGGUGUAGCAGAAUACGAGCCAGAAUUCGUCAAACAACGCGUCGAUAUGGAAGCUCUAUUCAUGCUAAACGAUCAAGAUCUCGUAUCUUUGGGCAUACCCUUGGGUCCCAGACGAAAACUACUCAACGCUAUCAAAGAUUACAAACAUCAGUCGCAAAGGUGUAAAGAGAUGUUUGAAAGGAGUUGUUAAAUCCAUCCGUACACAGGUUACCAAUAAUUGAUUUAAAAAAAAGGUAUUUCGAGGUUCUACAAAAGAUCUCGAAAGGUACUCAACGAUUUGAUAACAUGAAUAAUUUAUUUAUAUCACAAUUAAACACGAAUCGCGUACGAAAAACUUAAUAUUAAAUAAUAUAACUCUUAUGUUGCUUUGGAAAAAAAUUCAUUUGUCAGACUUCUAGUCCAUUUAAAUUGAUGGGAUGUUGUACUGAAGGUAGGUAUCGUUUAGAGAUAUGAAAACAGUAACACUGAUUUUGAGUACGUCGUAUUCAAAUUAAAUACUUUUUUUUUUAAAUUCAAAAUUUUUCAAUUUUUGUGCUCAAUUGUUCAAAUAAAUAAAUAAAUCCAGAGAACAUCAGCUCAAUUUGGAGGAGUCAUCAAAAGAAUCAGUGUUACCAACUCCAUUUCAUAGUAUUUCAAGAGGUGAGAAACCAGCUCAUCUAUAAUAAAGCAUCCAAGGGAUCUCUUCAAGAGUAGAUUGAAUUUGCGAAGGGGAAAAUUAUACGAGCGAUUAUAUUUUAUUUUCACGCAUAUUGAUUUUGACUUCGAGGUUCCUAAUGGGACUGAUUUCAAAUUCGAGUUUCA